UGUUGUCAGCCGGCUCGUGGUGGACAAACUGAGAGCUACGAUUUUGGCCUAAGUCAACUCACACACAGUGUGUGUGUGUGUGUGUGUGUGUGCCGAGACCAAGGACGAAGGACGAGAGACCACGACCAUUCGCGACGACGUGUGUUGUGACCCCAGAGAGGUCCUGCCAGUGAUCGCGUGCCCAUAAUUACAGUCAUUUAACGGAAAAGUGCAAAGUUAAACCAAAAGUUUUUACUUCAAAGUUCGCUGAUCGCGAUUUUCCUUUUACCAACGUUUUCCUUUUACCGUUUUCCCAUUUUCCCGUAUUUGUUGUUCUCUGUUUUUUUUUUUGUUUGUUUUUGUUAAACCGGCACAACACUCUUAAGUGAAAGUUGGUGUUUAAGAAAAAUUCAAAUAACAAGUGAAUGCAACAAAUGAGCAACAAAUGAAAAUAAAGUGUGUAAAAAAAAAACAAAAUAAAAUAAAAUAAGAAAUAAAUAAAGAGCUGAAAGUAUAAGAAAUCUGAAAAGCAGAGAGAUAAUCACCAGAAGCGAACAGGAAACCAAUCAAGGCCAAAAAACGAAAUCAUCAGAUAAAUAAGCAGACAGACUUUGGUAAUAAAAAAAAGGCUUAAACGUCUUGACCAACACUGGUAUUGUUGCUUCAUAAAUACAUUUUCAACACUAAGCUGGGCCAUAAGUGCUGCCCGAGUGAUAGAAAGAUUGCUAAAACAAUCUAUUAACUAAUUAUUCAUUGAUCGAUUAAUUGAUUAAUUAUUGAAUUGAUCGAUUGAUUGAUUGAUUAAUCCACUCACCGAUCUGUGGAAGCAGGAAAGCGCGGCGAAACAGCGACCAAAUGCAAGAUGAAUCCGGAUCAACCGAUGUCAAUGCAAACUGGGGCGCAACCACCGCCGCCGCCGCCCUCGCAGCUGACCAGCCAUGCCAUGGCCAUGGCCACAGCCACGCCCACAUCCUGUCCCGGAUCCGGAACGGGAUCAGUAGGACUAACAGGGAGCACAACAACGACGGGAAUGCACUACGGCGGUGGCGGCGUCAUCGGAGGUGUGCCCACCUCCGGAACCGGCAACACUGCCGGGAGCUAUGUGUCCAUUGGCAUCCUGCCCAGCAUGCCGCCCGCCCAGCUAGCACCACUCCUGCUGCCAGGACCGCCGACAGCGACGACAACGACCUUCAAGACCACGCCCCUGCUGCCCAUGCCCACGCUGGAGGACAUUGAGGUGGCGGCCAAUCAAGGCGGUGGAGCACCAGGCGGUCAGGUUGUGGUUUCGUUGGCACAACCCUCGCUGGCGCCGCCGGGUAUCUUAAAAUAUCCCACCGCCUCGGGCUAUGUGAGUGACUUGAUGGCCCCGCCCCCGAACCUGCAAUCCCUCCAGCAACAACUCCCCCUGACCCUGCCCCUACCGAUGCCACUGCCACCACCCCUGGCCAGCGGCAGUUGCAGCAACAAUAGCAGCAGCAGCAGCAGCAACAGCACCGCCGGCGUUGGCAUUGGCGGCGGCAACAACAGCAGCAGCAACAACAAUUCCGGCAGCAAUUGUGGAACGCUCAAGAGCAAUGCCAAGCUGCUGCCGCUGCAGCUGUUGAGCAGCAGCAGCAGCAGUACGCCGCCGAACCGUAAGGAACCACUGCCGCCGGCCCAUCCGCAGGCAGCAUCCAUUCAGGCGCAGGCACAGGUGCAACACCAGCUGCAACAGCAGCAUCAGCAGCAGCAGCAGCAACAGCAUCAACAGCAGCAACAGCAGCGGCAACGUAAGCGAAACGGUUGGUGCUCUUGCUUCGGGGGAGGUGGCUCUGGCUCUGGGGGCAGCAGCUCCUCCUCCUCCGGCAGCGAGGGUAAAACCCCGCCAGGAUAUGGCACCAAGGAGGGCACCAAAAAGAAGCGCAAGGGCACCUCCCAGACGGUGUGGUCGGCCCUGCUCACCAAUUUGGGGAUAUGUAUGCUGCUCUUGGCUUACACAUUGCUAGGCUCCUUCAUCUUCCUGACCAUUGAAAACGAGGACUCGGCUUUGCUGCAUCAGCAGCACACACUGGCCAGCACCAAGCGUAAUAUGGCCAAUACAGGGAACAGCAUCUAUCAGCAACAGCAACAGCAGCAGCAGCAGCAGCACAACCUGCACCAGCAGCAGCAGCAACAGAGGACGCCGCACCAGUCAACGGGACAUCAUGGGGACAACGAUACGAUAACCGCCGCUGUGGCCGCCCAGGGAAUGAUCUCGGGCACCGGAACAGCAAGUGGUGUUGGUGUUGGAGGUGGUGUUGGUGGACCCUUUGGCGGUGACUUUGUCUAUGGCGUAGAAGAUGCCGAUCUGGACUCUGGCGGAAUGCCACAGUUUGCCCUCUCGCCGGACACUUAUGAUGUGCGUCAGCGGACCAUUGAGAAUAUCUGGGACAUAACUGUAUCGCUCAAUAUUCUGUACAAGGAGAAUUGGACAAAAUUAGCCGCACUUGAAAUAGCCAAGUUUCAAGACCAAUUAAUCAAGAGACUGAACGAGGAUGUUAUGCUGCAAUUAUCGCACGACGAUGUGGCCAAUGCCAACAGCAAUGCCCCCUCAUCCUCCGCCUCUGGUAGCAGCAGCAACAACAACAAUCCGGCCACUGAAGCCGUGCUCCUUCACACACACUAUCAUCAUCAUCGCGCCGGUGGCGUUGGAGGCGUAACCGUGGGCGGUGGUCCGCCGCACGAAUGGAAUUUUGCCAAAGCGUUUUUGUAUUCGCUGACCGUUUUGACCACAAUUGGCUAUGGAAACAUUGCACCCCGGACUACUCUCGGCCGGAUUGUCACCCUUGCCUAUGCCUUCUUUGGCAUACCACUGACCCUCGUCUACCUGAGCAGCACGGGCAGCAUUCUGGCCCGUGUGGCUCGCGAGGUCUUCUCCAAGGCGCUGUGCUGCUGCCUGUGCUCCAACUGUGGCUACUGUUGCUACGACGAGAAGCGGAUGGCGGAGAAGGAGCGCCGAAUGCGACGGAAGCGGCAGCAGGAGGAGCUGAGGAAGCAGCAGGCGGUGAUGCAGGAGCCCUACUAUGUCCGGGAUGUGUACCAUGCCACGCCCGAAAAGGAGGCUGGCGGCGGUGAUCCACCAUCGGCGGCAACGGUGGGUGGUGGUGGAUUGGGUGACAUUGAUUCGCUGAGUGCCAGCGAGUCCAGGGGAUCGAUGCAUGGCUUGAGUAUCCUGGCGCCCAUCCUGCUCUGCUUCUCCAUGAUGAUCAUCUAUAUAGUGUUUGGAGCCGCGGUUCUAUAUCGCCUGGAGAACUGGCCCAUUCUGGAUGGCAUCUACUUUUGUUUUAUGAGCCUGUCGACCAUUGGGUUUGGUGAUAUGCUGCCGGGACUGCGUAGGGAAUCGAAUGCCACCACCUGGUUCUGUUCCGUUUACAUAAUGUCUGGGAUGACGCUGACGGCCAUGUGCUUCAAUGUUAUACACGAGGAGAUUGUCCACCGGAUACGCAUUGUUGUAGAGUUCAAGAAGACGAGUGCCGCCAAUUCGGUAGCCGCUGGCAGUGGUGGAGUAGGAGGUGGUCCUGGUGGUCCUGGCAGUUCCAUGAUGGAUGUGGCGCACGAGGAGGGUGGCCAGUAUUAUGUGCCGGCAUCCUGACACUACGAGAAGCGAGGGCAUCUUUACCAGCGCAACCCCACCGAAGAGACCCUGGUGACAGACACCCCCACAUCGCUGGUAAUGAAAGACUAUGUCAACCACGAGCUGGUGCCCAUUUUGACCAUGGAUCCGAAUGGUGCCCGCCUGACCCCAGCCCCCGCCUAUA